UCCACCUCCUAUAUAAAUCCCAGUGUUAUGCUACUCAAUUUCUUGCCACCCUAAAAAUCAUGGUCUACAUAACUCUCCAACCUGCCUAGAACACAUUUCCAUUCAAAAACACACAAAUUCCAAAUUGAAAUUCUAAAAUUCCGGAAAUGUUGUUGUCAAUAUUCCUUGCUCUGUUUCUACCAUGCGCCGGAAUGAGCGUCAUUUUCCUCAUUUACAUUUGCUUGCUUUGCUACUCUGCGCGCGGAAGCAACGGUGAGGCGGAGCACGUGCACCAUUUCCGCACGCCGGUAAAGCCCGCUCAAAACAGAGGCCUCUCCGCCUCCGAUCUCCAGAAGCUCCCCAAGGUGACCGGCAAAGAUCUGGUGAUGGACACCGACUGCGCCAUCUGCUUGGACGAAAUCGAGGCCGAGCAGCCGGCCAGGAUGGUCCCCGGCUGCAACCACGGCUUCCAUCUAGAGUGCGCCGACGCGUGGCUCUCUAAAAACUCCAUUUGCCCUGUUUGCAGAGCCAAGCUCGGCCCUCACCUCUUCAAUCCCGAUCAAAUCAGCCCCUGCUGAAUCCAUCAAAUUCAUCCGAUUUUGUACCAAUUUUUGUUCCAAAUUUUGAUUCAAUGGAAUAGAUUGUGUAUAGAAUUGCUAUUAACAAGUUAUUUUAUUUAUUUAUU